ACAACAACUAUACUAGUCGUAAAAAGGGAAGUAGACGCGUGACGGUGCUAAUCAGAAAGCCGGUAAAGCAACAAACUAACUUUGGACAUCCCCACCAACAACUACCACUUCCAUUUCCAGGAAUUUUCUUUUUUCUUCUCCAAACCCUUAAUUCACCUCAAAAUACAUACAUGCGAUACGCGUAUAUGCCUUUGCACAGUUGUUGUUGUUGAAAUUCAAAUGUCGACGAUAAUCGGAGAUGCACUCCGUCAAGCAUUCAUGCCAAAACACGAAUACGAGUGUCUCCGUGAAGAAGACAAAGCAUGGAAUCGUCUUCAAAGACCAAUUGUGAUCUGUACUUUAACCCUAAUAUCACUUGCUAUUGUAAUCUCCACUGUUAUCAGCUUGAAAAUAGUGUUUCCUAUCGAUCCUGCUCGCCGGCCUUUUUGCAGUGACUACCGUAUUCAACCGCUUUCAAUUAAUUUCACUAACAUAGCUGGUAGUAGUGGCAGUGGUGGUGAUUCGGAUAGUUAUCCUGGUGCGUUUUAUUUAACGAAUCAGGAGACUGUGGAUUACUAUUGGAUGGUUCUGUUUGCUCCUUCGUCGUGUGUUUUCGCCGUCUCGGCAGUGUAUCUAAUUGCAGGUAUUAUGGUCGCGUACGCUGCUCCGAUGAGACAUGGAUGCUUGAGGGUUGUUGAGAAUAACUAUUGUGCUUCCAGAAGGGGUGGAGUGCGCUGUCUAUCAAUUCUCAAUGUUGCUUUUGCUAUCAUAUUUGGUCUGCUUGCACUGUUUCUUGGUUCAACCCUUCUCACUUUAGGGAGCAGCUGCUCAGCGCCCUUGUUUUGGUGUUACGAGAUUACUUCAUGGGGGCUGGUGAUUCUAUAUGGAGGGACUGCUUUCUUUCUAAGAAGAAAAGCUGCUGUAAUUCUUGAUGAAAGUGACUUCAGUGGGCGCAAUCUUGGAGUAGAAAUGCUUGAAGCAAAUGCAAUGGAGGUCACACCAGAUGUCGAGAGGCGUGUGAAUGAAAGUUUCAAGGCAUGGAUGGGUCCUUCUUUCUUGUCAUCGGACGAGGAGGAUGAAUCUGACAACUACCAGGAAGUUCCAGCUAUAUCUCGUACCAACUCUAGCCGACAAAGACAAUGAUAUGAAGUUUCCUCCUGGUUCUUUACUUUCAGCCCUCCCGUUGGAUGCCUCGAGCAUUCAUCAAAAUAUUGUAGUGAGCUUGAUUUGCGCAAAGGUCUAACUGUGAUAUCUGACCCAAUCACUUGCAUAACAGAACUUUUGAACUGAACUCGAGUGCUAGAGCAUCGGUUCAUUUUGGUAGAGUUUCAGGUUUUGUAUAGUUAGCAUGAGGGAACAUUGAUUUUCUUUGUGGUGGACGGGUGGUAGUUUUGGAUGGAGAGGCAUGUAGGAAUCUCUCAGUAAUUGAUUUGGAGUAUACUAACUAAUGCCACGGUCAUAGUGUUUAUGUGAAUCUUAUAGUCGCCUUGCUUAGUUGCUGAUACUGAAUUUUGUAGUAGUUUGUUAGUCCCCGCCCCACUUGACAUAAGUAUUGAAUCUUAGAAUGAGCACAAAUUAGUGUAUA